AUGAGGAAUAACAUUGCUCUUGAUGAUUCCUCGAAAGAGAAAAUAUCAAAGCACGAUGCAUCAUGGUAUUAUGUUCGGUUUGAAGAAGAUAAAAAAUAUCAAGAUGUUCUUAAAGCAUUAAAUUUAAAUUCAAGUCAAUUUAAACCAAUUGAAAAAGGAUUUUAUAGCGUGUUUCUUUCUCAAAAACAGGCUCUAACGUUAAAGAAUAAAUUUCAUUUAUGGAUCAAGAAAAUACCAUCGAAAGAUAAAUAUCCAUUGAUUAAAAGCACCAAAAAUAUAACAGAAUUUUACGUACUUCACACAGAAAAUUGCAAAUUACCAGGAAAAUUAAUCGAAAAAGGACUUAAAUUCUCCAGAAUUUCAUUUGAAAACAACGAAGAUGCAUUUAAACUACUAUCAAAAACACAUUGUGUUCGCAGUUUUGAGCCAGUUGUUUCAAGAAUUCAAUUUCAAACUCGUUUCAACAAAGAAUUACUAAAUAACUUCCAGGAUAAAGUUUGGAAACCACAAAUGUCAGAAUACGAAACUGGUCUCCCAUACUUUUUUCGUAGAUACACAGGAAAAGAUCAAUGCGUUUUAAUGGCCGAUUCAGGCAUUGACACAUCAUCAAUAUGGCUCUCAGACCCAACCCCAGAGAAUAAUAUAUUCGGAUUUAACAGACCACAUAGAAAAGUCAAAAAAUAUAUUUCAUACGCAGAUUACAAAGAUGACACAGGCCAUGGAACAUUCCUUGCAGGCUUAAUGGUAGGCAGAACAUUUAAUGAUGACGAAUCUAAGUAUUACAACGGCAUUGCUCCCGAUGCAAAAAUCGUUGUUGCAGAUAUCAGCCAAGGAGACUUAACGAAACUGCCAUCCAACAUUGCGGACCUCAGCCGUGAUGCACAAGAAAAUAAUUGCACCGUUCAGAUGAACGCUUGGACACAGCCAGACCAACCAUUACUUACUUACAUCAUGGAUGAGAUCGCCUACGAUUCUCCGAACACAAUAACAGUGUUUCCUGGCCAGGCCGACGAAUUCGGAUAUCUCGAGACACCGGCCGAUGCAAAGAAUGUCUUAACUGUAGGUGCAGUUUACGGAAACAUGGUUUCGAAAUCGGUUUUUGAGAAAAAUUCAGUAGUUUACAUUUAUCCGACUGGUUUGUCACGAUUCAUUGCUGGAAUUGUCGAUGAAAGUGGUCCCUCGUUGUUCAAUGUCACAAACACUAACUACAUCAAGAUGACAAUCGACAGUGAACAAAAACAAGUCUGUGUAAUGAAUCAUCCAAAUCAACUAAAUUUGGAAAAAUGUAAAGUAAUUCUUUACUUCGGGGAAGAGAAAAUAAAGAGGAAAUUCCAAGUUCCUGUCAUCAGAUUACCUUCUAGAUGGCGUGGACCUUUCCAAACUGACUUGGAACUCUCCAUUGUACCUGCAGAUACAGAGAGUGGACGCGAAGACGAAAGAUACGAAUUACUUCCGAAAUCUGCCAAAAAAGUGAAAUAUCCUGGCAGAAUUAAGCCAGAAAUUGUUGCUCCUGGAGGUCCAAUGACUGGUCCUAAAGCAGGUGCUCGGAUAGGAGAUUCAACACCAAAUAGUUUAACAACAAACCAAGGAACAUCUGUUGCUGCAUCAAUGAUUUCAGCUUAUUUAUUAGUUCUCGCUGAAUAUUUCAAAGAUAAACAGUACAACACGCUAAAUACUCCAUUAGCCAAAGCUCUUUUAGUUGCAAGUGCUGAUGAUAUCGGAAGAAUUGAUGUAGAAAGAGGAAAUAACACUCAAUUCUCAUCAAAUGAACCAGGUUAUGGUUUUGGAUUGCCAAGAAUGGAAAGAAUUGUUAACAAUCUCGGCGCUUAUCAGAAGAAUGUUAAAGCGUACAAUUACAAACCAUAUUAUCAAUGUUUUUCAGCUCAUCAAAAUGAAGAUGUUGAAAUCGCCAUUUCUUGGCUUGAUAAACCAAGAGAUCCUUAUUCACCAAUACAAAUAACUACUCCUUUAAUUGCUUGGGUUUCUGAUGCAGAAGAAUAUCAUCAAUCAUCAAGAAACCAGAUCAACAGCAUCAAGCAAAACAUUGACCGCGUAAAUAAUAUCAUUAAAAUCAAAUUCAAAGCGGAAAGAGACAGAAAAUACCAUCUUAAAGUUGUUCCUGAUAGUUUUGAAAGCGAAGAUCAUGUCGAAUUCUCUUACGUGAUACUUGGAGAUGUCAGCUUGGAAAUGAGCUGCACAGACAUUACAAAUGGUUGUCCAAAACAAUGUCAGAAUGGUGGAACCUGUCAACAAUUAAAGUGUCAAUGUUUCGGAGAAUACAGAGGUGAUUUUUGCCAAUAUAAAAUUAAUUCAGCGUAUGCAGGAGUUCCUAUCAAAGUUGACUUACCACAAAAUAACUGGGCAUACUACUCUCUUGCAUUACCAAAAUGGGAACCAGGUUCAAGUGUUGUUUUCGACAUGCAAAACUUCGAUGAAGAUAAUUUCGAUUUCUUAAUAAGGUCACAAGAUAUACCAACACAUUCAGACUAUUUCUGCUCUUAUGCUAAAUGUGAUUGGGGUAUUAUUGAUAGAGAAAACAAGUUCUUGACAAUUAAAUAUGAACAAUGGGAUUACAUGAAAACUAGAGAUCCUAUAUUCAUUGGAGUUUAUGCAAGAUCUGCCAGACCAACAAAUUGCACAUUUAUUCCUGUUAAGCUCACAUAA